AUGUUAGCACCAAGAUCAAAUGUAAGAGCUUCUAAAUAUUAUCAUGGUAUCAUUCAAGCAAAAAUUCCACCAAAAAGGAAUUCAACAUCAGUUUUACCACCUAGUUUUCAUUUUUCUGCUGCGCAGGUGAAAUACGGACAAGAAUUAGCAUCGUUAUACAGUGAUGAAAUUAUAGAUAUGUCGUGUGAUAACAAAGCCAAAGUUUUAGUUGGCACAUUAGCGGUCAGUCGUUAUCAUCAAAUUAGGAAAUUUCAUAUGACUCAUCAUGCACCAAAUUAUCAAGACCAUGAUUUUUCUACUGGGGCGAAGAUAACACCAGCUGUUUAUAUGGAGAUUCGACAUAAUUUGCGUUAA